AUGACCGAUGUAGUUGUGCAACAUCUAAUUCAUCACACAAUGACCCGUAUCCGAUGUAACGACCUUGUCAAGAAAGUCGCCAUCUAUGGGCACAAACUUGCUGUACAACUCUCCGAUCGUUUACACAUCUAUCGCCAAAUUAAAGGCGAUGGCGAAAGUGAACAGCUUGAAUAUACCCUAUGUGAACGUAUUAACAAAGCCUUUGAUUGCUCCUUAUUGGUAGUUUGCUCGAAUCAUCUAAUUCUUUGUGAUGAACGACGCUUACAGUGCUACGACCAUAAAGGUCUGAAGCAAAGAGAAUGGCAACUUGAGUCGGCGAUUAGGUACAUUAAGGUGAUUGGAGGGCCACCGGGACGUGAAACCAUACUAAUCGGCUUGCGUGAGGGGCAGGUCUGCAAACUCUUUGUGGACAACCCAUUUCCCGUUCAAGUUUUAAAGUUGAAUGGGCCAAUAAAAUGCAUUGACAUAAGCGUAACCAGAAGACAUAUCGCUGUCGUUGACGAUAGUGGAAUAUGCGUUGUUUUUGAUGCAAAAACGAAAGAAGUCCUAUUCGAAGAGCCCAAUUGUAAUAGUGUAGCAUUCAACAAUGAUAACGAGGAUAUAAUCUGUUAUUCGGGAAAUUCAAAACUUACCGUGAGAGCUCGAGGAUAUCCUGGUCAUCAACAAAGAAUGUUUGGUUUCGUUGUUGGAUUUUCUGGGAACAAGGUUUACUGCCUGCACAUCUACGCUAUGCAAGCAAUUGAAGUUCCUUUUUCCAACCAACUUUAUCAAUACAUCGAAAACAAGGAAUAUCAAAAGGCCUAUGAUCUUGCUUGCUUGGGAGUAACAAGUGAAGAUUGGCAAAUCCUUGCCAAAGAUGCUAUUAUGAAUCUGGAAUGUGACAUCGCUAAGAAGGCCUUUGCUCGCUACAAAGAUUACCGUAACCUACAACUUGUCCAUGAAAUCAAGGAAAUGCUAGCAGCAAAUGAGCCAGAGUACCUAAUUCGAGCACAUGUUCUCUGUUAUGAGGGGAAAUUCCAAGAGGCUGCAGCUCUCUAUCGUGCAAAUGGAGAUGAUAAUCACCUUGAUAAGGCUGUGCAGCUGAUUACGGAGAAUGACUGGAUGGAUCUGGCGAUAAACGUGAUGCGAAAAUUGGAGCGAAGCGAUGUUGACAGUCUUCGACGAUUAGCAAACUAUUUUAUUAGGAAAUCUGAGUAUAAUAUGGCCGCUAGGAUCUAUGGGAACAUCAAUGACAUAAAGGCUAUGGCCCAAAUGCAUGUGGCUGCGGGACAUUGGACGGAUGCUUUUGCCAUCGCUGAUCGCUAUCCAAAAUAUAUUGAGGACCGAAGUGAUGUUGACAGUCUUCGACGUUUAGCAAACUAUUUUAUAAGAAAAUCUGAGUAUAAUUUGGCCGCUAGGAUCUAUGGGAACAUCAAUGACAUAAAGGCUAUGGCCCAAAUGCAUGUUGCUGCUGGACAUUGGACGGAUAAUCAGCCCUUCACUCGACACAGCUCUGAAACCCUUCUGAAUAUGGCCAGAUACCUUGCGGCUCAAGAACCUGUGCCCAACAUCUCCCAAGUUCUUAUCAACUACACCAUGGCUCGAAUAGGUCGUGAACUUGGAGCUUACAAAUUAGCUCGUGACACUUUGGACCGCCUCGGGAAUCUAAGGGUACCGCCACGAUUGCAAAGGGACGUCGAGUUGAUGACAGUAAACAUUAGGGCUAAGCCUUUUUCAGAUGCUGAAGAUUUGCUGCCUGUAUGUCAUAGAUGUGGCCUGAAUAACCCAUUGACAUGUGGAAUGAAUUGUGUGCACUGCAAAACUCCAUUUCAGUACUCAUUUGCUACUUUUGAAAUCCUACCUCUAAUCGAGUUUUAUAUCGAUGACGAUAUCCCAGCUGAAGAGGCGGUAAGCCUGGUAGAAUCCGAACCACCUCUAUCUGAUUCGAACUUCAACCCUUUUCAGAAUGUUGCGAAAAAAUCCGGUGAGAUCCGCCUAAAUCGCGACGACUUAACUCGACUUGAGAAAGGCCAAGUGAUCAUUCUGCAUUGGCCCGAACCUUUAAAAACCAGAUUUCUCUUCAAUCAAAUGCCCUCUAUCUCGGUGUCGAAAUGUCCAUCAUGUAAUAAG